UGGUGAGGGCUAGUGCCAUGGCGUACUCCACGGUGCAGAGGGUGGCGCUGGCCUCGGGGCUCGUCCUGGCUAUGUCGCUGCUGCUGCCCAAGGUCUUCCUGACCCGCGGAAAACGACAGGAGCCGCCACCAGCACCCGAAGGGAAGUUGGGUCGAUUUCCACCCAUGAUGCAUCAUCACCAAGCACCCUUAGAUGGCCAGAGCCCUGCGGCUCGCGUCCAGCGGUCUCACCUUGCAGAGGCGUUUGCAAAGGCCAGGGGAUCAGGUGGAGGCACUGGAGGAGGAGGAGGUAGUGGAAGAGGCCUGAUGGGGCAGAUUAUUCCAAUCUACGGUUUUGGGAUUUUUUUAUACAUUCUGUACAUUCUAUUUAAGCUUUCCAGGGGGAAAACCACUACAGAGGACCAGAAGUGCCCUACAGCCGCGCCCGGGAAUGCCUACAGGAAAAUAACGAAUUUUGAGCUUGUUCAACUGCAAGAAAAACUGAAGGAGACAGAGGAAGCCAUGGAAAAAUUGAUCAACCGAGUGGGGCCUAAUGGCGGAAGCAGAGCUCAGACUGUGACUUCUGACCAAGAAAAACGAUUGCUGCAUCAGCUCCGAGAAAUAACCAGGGUCAUGAAAGAGGGAAGAUUCAUUGACAGGCUAACUCCAGAGAAAGAAGCCGAAGAGGCCCCUUACAUGGAGGACUGGGAAGGUUACCCUGAAGAGACUUACCCAAUUUAUGACCUUUCAGAUUGCGUCAAGCGUAGGCAAAAAACAAUCCUGGUGAACUACCCUGACCCAGAGGAGCCCUCUGCUGAAGAAAUAGCGGAAAGGAUGGGAGUGCCGGAAGAAUCCGACCACUUGGUCUGGGAAACGCCCACCAACCCCAGAGCCUGGGAAGACAAUUCUGUCACCUCAUGUGACCCAAAGCCAGAAACGUGUUCCUGCUCUCUUCAUGAAGAAGAGGACCCCGCUAUCUUGGCAGAGAAUGCUGGAUUCACUGCAGACGGCUACAGUGAGCAGGAGGAACCCACCGCAGACGCGUGGCCCUGGGACUUCGGGGCAGAGGGGUUGGGCAUCUGUGCCCACCAAGCAAGUACAGGGGACACCUUGAGGAAGCGGAACCCCGAGGGCUUAGAGUGAAAACAGCCAGUUUGGGGGAGUAUCCAUUACUCCAGCCCCAGGGUGACCUGUCUCCCUCUCUCAGACUUUAUCCUCGGCCCUGUGCUUCCUCCCUAGUGUUUAAAUGUCAUAGCCAGUCAGGUGACAGCCACAGAUAUCGCUGGUGCGAGCACCCCCUGGUGCUCCCUUACCUGUCACCUUGUAAAGCAUCAUAGAGUAGUAGGAACACAAGAUGACCUUGCUCUUUUGUCUUCCUGCCUUUCCUCCAUCAGAGAAUUGAUCUACUAGGUAAUUAUGGCUGAUCUGUCAUAAUUACAGAUGGGACCAUUCAAAGGCAGAGGUCCAAUACUUCGCACUAGGAGUAACAGAUGGUUCCCCUGUGAACGAACAUCAGUUUACACAUGGUGAGGACUUAAGGUUGCAGAGCGAAGAUCUCAGAGUCCAGGAUGCCUUAUUCUCUGGGCCUUGAGCAGGUUAGUGGUCCCCUGGAUUUAAGAGAAGAACAUUUUGUUUUGGGGGAUGAUGGAGCCAGAGCAGGGUGGGACUCUGCUUUCUGAGCUGAAGCCCCUUCCUCACAGGAAGGGCUGAAAGACAUGCACUGUCCUGAAAAUGAGCCCAGGGGUCUGCUGGGGGGCUGUUUUGCUCUCAUGCUGCCUGGAUCUCUAGCUUCCUUUGUCCCUGUUCUGCACAACAGAACUGCCAAACCCAGAAGCACAUCUGUACCUCUUGUCUUCAUUGGCCAGAGGAAGCUUUGGGUAGAGACUUUAGUCCUCGCCCUGCAGAGCCAGGGUCUGAGGCUGAGGGGAAGCCUGCCCAAGGGUAGUGGUCCUGCUGUGAGCCUCAGAAGGCCAGGGGGCUGGUGACAGCUGUGGACGGUCCUUGCCUUGAAGCUGUUUUUGAAUGUUGUGAAUUUCCUCUGGGAAAUUCAUUUCCACAAUCACAAGACUUGAAAGAGAAACAACCAGGUCUGAGCUUAUAGACAAAGUGCCAGCCCAACAGGGAAGUUGCAGAGUGUCUGUUGAGAGAACCAGCAUGGCAGUGCCCAGGGGAAGAGACCAUUAGACUGUCUGUAUUCAGAUAUCUGGGUCUUCUGAGAGCCGGCAACAGUAGGAAGUGGGUUAGCACUGGGAGGAUUUUGGCCAAACUACAAGCCUAAUUUCUAAGCUGCCAUCUGUCUUCUUAAGGUAAGACGGCAACCACAUACUCUGUCUAGUAAGGAUGAGCAAGUCCAGUUCACAUGGGAGACCUGUGGUUUUAAAGAGGAUGCAUCCCUGAGGGCAUUCCCAGUCAUGAAAGGUGGAAGACUUGAAAUUUAAGGAAUCGUAUAAAGGCAGGUGUGGCUUGUAGAGUUCCAUUGUUUCUGUCCCGAGAGGCCAGGAAAAUACUUUAAAUUACACAUACAGGCAUACAGACUGCUGUCAGAGGUACGGGAUCAUACUAAGGUAGUGUCGGUUACUGCUAGACAGUUCUUGUUUGUCAGUGAACCACAGAGAAGUCGCUGAAGAUUGAGUCUUUAGGAAGUUUAUUGAAUCUGCCUUUGUGUGGAACAUUCGAUUCACUUGUACAAAUGGAGUUUAAAAUGUGCUGAGAACAAUCUACACGUAAUGGAAUGCUAAAGGUAAAAAAUAAUGUAGGUGCUCUUUACUCUUGGGAUAAGUUGUUUUUCAUGUCAUUUCCCUUCAGACACAGUGAGGGGUUGAUUUGUGAGGGGAGUCCUGGGCCCCUGUUCCGAAUGUCUUUCCUGCCUUAGGAUGUGAUGCCCUCAUUAGAGACACGUGUUACCUUCUAGCUAAUCCACUCACUUAUUCACUUGGCAGACACCGCUCAGAACUAGGCAGUGGGAACAGAAGGUUCAUUUCCUACCUUUUAAAAACUCAGUUUAAUAUGGGAGCCUUAUCCAAUUUAUUUUUUUAAGUGAACUAUAAACUACAAAAGGGCUCAAGAUCAUGAAUUCUGCAGGCAGAGAAGUGUCCGUCAUGACUCUGUCCUCGCCUGUUCUGACUGCAGGCUCUUGUCAGCCCCUGGAGUCUUGGCUUUCUCUUCUCUACAGUAGGGGGUCUCCGGGCAGGGGUGGGGUGGGCUGUGAGCGUUAAAUGACGUCAUCAGUGCCUGUAAAACAGCACCGGUCCUGUCUGGUGCGUGGUAACCACUUGGUAAGUGGUAGCUAAGGUUCUGUGCUAUAUAACUGAGAUAGGGACCCACAUCUACAGAAAAACAGAGACUUUUUGCCAAAGUAUUUUGCAGAGGAUGUAGAUUUUGAGGCAUGCUGAGAACUGAGGACUUCUCCAGGUGAGCAAGGAGGAGGACAUUUUGGCAGAAAGUGGUGUUGAGAAAGCAGUGAGGUGUGGAAGUCAGUGGUUGUUCAGGUACUUUGAAGAGGCUGCUGUGUAAGGUGUUACAUAACCAAGUCCUUAUUUUGCGUGUUAGUCUGUGGGGGAAGCUGGCAUGUGGACGUACUUCCUGCAGAAGUACAGGAGCUCAUGACGGCUCCUGCUGCCCUAGGCCUUGGUGGGCGUGUACAGCAGGAGUGUAUGUAUUUCUGUCUCGGAAAUUUUAUGUACUUGUCAAUCACUUCCGAUUAGACAGU